CCUACAUAAUGAUUUCCCCCAGAAGAUUCCGUCCUGGUUUGACUUACGACAUUAGCGUCUCCAUAUUAAAACUGGACACCCCGAACUUACCGGUGACAAUUACUGCCGUCAUUGACCGAAACGGCACGGCAAUUGCUGGCGGAGUCGGAGUGUUUCGUCUCGGUUCAUCUGGGACACUGUCGAUUCAGGUACCGAGAGAUAUAGAACCCGUCAAUGUCUACAGAUACUACACUUAUUACGGAGACUUCAAGUUAAAAGUGAUAGGUAAUGGCGGCCUCACCUUCACCAAUGAGACGUGGCUGCAGUUUGAUUCCAAAAGUCUCUCCAUCUUCACCCAGACAGAUAAAGGGAUUUACCAACCGGGACAGACAG